AUGAGGGAAGAGAGAGUCAGUGGCCUGUGGGGUCCUGGGAAGGGGCAGGCAAGGCAAGGCAGAGGGAGUGGAGCGGGGAGGGGGCAUGUUGGCCCACGUACUGGGGUUGGGGGGACGGUACAGGGAAACAAUGAAGCCUUUGGUGAUUGUGCAGGAUCCACCCCCAGCUUCCCAGCGUGUCCCCUCUGUGGGCUGGAUCCGGGUGGCUGCUUGGGGGUGGGGCAGGGGGCUCUGAAUAGGCCCCUUGUCUCACCGCUGGGUGCGGGCCAGGCUCCUUCGGCACACGUUGCCCUCGCCAGGCCUGGCUGGCCUUUGUGGCUUCCACCCCCAGCUGGCUGAGGACAAGGCCUUAUGGGUGAGCAGGCCCCUCCCUAACAGCCUCCCUGGGCUACCGUCUCAGGCUGAAGAGGCAGGUAGAGAGAAGGACCCCAUCUUGUGGCGAGUGGGAAAAACAGCAGCCUCCACUUCAGGAGGACCCUGACCCCAGACUAGAGGGGACCAGUGGAGAGCUGGAUGAAUACUGGAGGCCAACCCAGGCGGGACUCCAUGUCUAAUAGUUCACUAGAUUUAUGACCUUGGGCAAGUUCUUUGGUUUUUCUGAAUCUCAGCUUUCUCAUGGGUAAAGUGGCAUUGACAAUUACUUGUGUCCAGACUGGGAGCUUGCACUGGCAGUUUCUACCUCUGGGAGAAAGGCUGAGGCUAUGGGCUCCCCUGGAGAUCUUACCCAAACUGGCGAGGUUUAAUGUGGCUUAGACAGAGUGGUUAAAAGAGAUAAGGGAAGAGAGAGAGAGAGAGAGAGCCAGUGGCCUGCAGGGUCCUGGGAAGGGGCAGGCAAGGCAAUGCAGAGAGAAGGGAGGGAGAAUGUUGGCCUAUGUGCUGGGGUGGGGGUGACAGGACAGGCAAACAAUGAGAGGAAACAAUGAGACCAAAUGAUACCUACCUGAAGGCUGCUGUCAGACUUACAGGACAUUGUACAUGAGACUGCCCAGCAAUUACCAGGCACUCCAUACAUUUUUUGUUUCCUUCCCUGGAUCUGGGGGAAAGAGGGCUCAAGGUGCUGGUAUCAGCUCAGAGGUUCUGGAAGGGCCUCGGGGGUUGGGGUCAAGGCAAGGCAGGCUCUCACAAUGGGCUAGAACUCUCCCUCCCCUUGAGUUCUUAUCUACUUUGACUCCUCUCCCUGUCCCAGGGAGGGGAGAAAAGGCCUAGGAUGAGUUGUCAAGGGGAACUUUCCCCCUGGAUUCUUUAUUUCUUUCUUUACUGCUGUGCUUGAAGUUCCCAAGAGACCCCUGUCCCCCUGCCACCCACUGUACCAAAUGCUGAUUCUGCCCACUACUUGGGCCUUUUGUAUCAAGAGAAAUGGCUGCAGUCAUGAAGUUCUUUCGAUGGAUUUGGCGAAAGAUUACUUACUGGGUUUUAUUCUGGAAACACAAACCUAAAUCAACCAUCUUGGAAAACCCUGACUGCAAGAAAAAUGCAUUGAAGGUGGAGAGGGCUUCCAUCAUUACUGAGACUUUCAAGUUGGUUGAGCCUCUCAAAGAGGCUAAGGUUUCCAAGACAGAAGUGUUCCCCAAGGUGGCCAAUCCCUGCACUUUGGCCAAGAUAACAGAUGGGGCUAAGGUGGAGCUGGGCCAUAGGGGCCGGUCCCUGCUGCAGCUGCCCCGGACAGCUGUCAAGUCUGUCUCCACGCUCAUGGUCUCGGCCCUGCAGUCUGGUUGGCAAAUGUGCAGCUGGAAGUCAUCUGUGAGUUCUACCUCAGUUCCCUCCCAGAUGAGGGCUGGGUCCCCUUUGCAGUCGCCGGAGGCUGAGAUGCUACGGGAAGUGUACCUGGUGCUGUGGGCCAUUCGAAAACAACUGCGGCAGCUGGCCCGCAGGCAAGAGAGGCGCAGACGGCGCCACAUCCGGGCCCACACUUGCCCUCAGCCUGACCCAGUUCAGGGCCUAAAACAGGAUGCACGGAGUCCCCUCUAGGGAGGAGCCCCCAUCCUCAGAAAACUCCCACCUCACUCUUAGGUAAGGUUGAUAGGAGAGGUUAAGGCAGCAGGCCAGGAGCUGUGGGUGAGGAGACAUUUUCAUACUGUCACCACUCAUCAGGAGCCCAGGGCCAGGCCUGGGGUCCCACAUACUCCCUUUCAUUCCUUCUAUUCAAUUUGUAAAAAAAUUAUCAAAAUGUUGGGAAAUAAAUAUCGGAUAUU